AUGCUGAAGGUUGCAGGAGAUGAACAGAACAAAGAGAAAACUUGUGAGGCGAAGCCACCUCCGUCUACUGACGGCUACACAUUAUGCCUUCCGGGUCAAACUGUUGGAUCCCAGCGAAAUCCAUACGAAGAUGACUUUCUGCAGCAGGUUGAGCACGGUCUACUACCUCCAGUGCUGGCGCAAUUACUUGACUCGUUGGGCCAUUCACACCUUUUCAGCAGCGGUCGUUUACCACUGAGUGUGCAUAAUCAUCUGCCAAAAAACAAGGCUAUACAAUACACACUCUUAGAAACGAGUAAUUCAUUGGUAACCAGCGAUGUCCAACAGAUUGCUGCUAAUUGGUCGCUAGAAGGAAAGCUUCAGUUAGAAGCGCGAAUGCUGAUCGCAACGGCCGAGCCGAUCUGUCUCGAACCUGACGUCACCGUAGCGCUCGUCGAUAACUGCUUUCAUUAUAAACAGAAGCUCAUGAGCGGCUUGACUCAGUCGACGCGGAAGGGACUCCCAACUAGGCAUCCUCCCUUAUUUGGCUUCGUCGCACGUUUGAGAGAACGACGGAAGAACAAAGCCACUAGAUCCUCAGAGCGAACCAUGGUCUGCGAAGAGCCGGCGACCACAAUGGAACCUUCACUAAUCGAUGUACCGAUAUAUGCGAAGGUCAUUCCUUGGUGCGAGGUCACAGCCAACAAUUCGACGCGUCUUGUCCAACAAUAUAUUAUGGAAACAAUACAUACUGGUUCAGUAAAGCAUACGGCAAAAGUAUUCAUCCUACAAACGCCUACUGAUGAACAAUACUACGGAAUUCUGGUAACGUAUUUUGGUGAAAGCCAAUCUCAGUGUAUGUUUCGACUGGGCUCACUAUUCAACGUCCGCCUCUACAUUAAUCAAUUUCGUGUGCUUUUCACUGAGGAGGGUCAAAAACCUGUAAAAAUUACACGACUCACUCCUGGCAAGGAUCCGCUUACAUGGUAUACGCGAGGCUUUAUAUUAGCCCGGCAAACACAAACGGGUGCUUUGGUGUUAGCCAUAGCAGAGCAGAAGAGACGCGCUACGGAGUCGCCAGUAGCUCCGUCGUCUACCGUGCCACGAACGAGUCUGGCGUAUCCGACUAUCGAAUCGGGGAAUACUCAUCGCAUAGAGAUCGCCGACCCGCGCACGCGGUCGAACAUUAACGUAUGGCACAGUGUGCCGAGAAGCAGCUGGACGCCUUGUGUCCCCCCGAUCCCGUCUCCUUUACCUCUUUUUCAGACUUGGUCAGCGCAGUUCACAGACGAUCUUCCAUAA